AUGUCGUCCGCCUCUCCUCCUCCGUCCAAUCCCUCGUUCUCCAUGUCUGCAUACAUGAUCCCCUCCAGCCAACACUUGUACGACUCCGAUGAUGAGGUCGCUUCAUUGCCAUCUGAAUCAACCACUGAGUCUGACCUCGAAACCCUCUCGGACGACUACUCCGAUGCUGAGGCAGAGUGGCAGGAAAGCAUCGAGCAAUUAGAGCUGAUUUUGACCAUGGUGCUUGUGCCAUUUAUUGGGAAAUACAUGGGCCGGAAAUGCGCAUACUGGAGCUGGACACGGUUCAUGCAAUGGAAGUACCCGGUUGAAUUCGUAAUGCGGAGCCCGGGAAUGUUCAAAGCCGCCGGAGCUAUCGAGGCCGCCGCAACACUAUAA